AUGUUACUCAUCUGGCUGGUAUACAAAAAUUCACCAAAACAAAUUGGAUCUUAUAAAUACUUGAUGAUUUAUAUUGCAGUUUUUGAAAUAUCUUAUUCAAUUAUUGAUGGUUUCCUCGAACCUCUUGUUUUCUCUCACAAUUCGAUUUUUUUGGUUUUCAUUCGUAUUGAAAAUUAUUUCUUCAAAAAAGAAAUUUAUAUUUUGUUAAUUUGUAUUUGGGCUGCCUUUUUUGGCUCAUUUAUGGCGUUUUUUGCAGUUCAAUUCAUCUAUAGAUAUUUUGUUGUUUCAGGGUAUAUCUGAACUUAUUUUGAAAAAAUCUAAUAAUUGAUAAUUAUUCAGAUCCAUAUUCUUAAAAUCAUUUAAUGAUUGUCGACUUCUUCUUUGGAUGUGUGGCCCACUUAUUUGUGGUAUUUCAUGGGGAACAGUCACAUAUUUCACUAUGCACCCCAAUGAACAGAUUGAUGAUGUUGUUCGGAAUGAUAUUCUUGUUGAUUUUGAUUCAAAAUUAGAAAACAUAACUUAUAUUGGCUCGUAUUUAUAUCGGGUAACAACAGAUGGCUGUGAAAAACUUAACGAGAAAAAUUUGUUUGGCAUCAUAAUUUUGUUAUUGAUAAUAGUGGUAUCAAUUUUAACAAUUUUGGCUUCAGGAAUACUAUGUUUUUUGAAAAUUGAGCAAUAUGUUAGAACAACCAGAAAUUUAUCUCAAACUUUCAAUGGUCUUCAACACCAACUUCUAUACGCAUUGAUUACUCAAACAUUGAUUCCUGUUAUUUUAAUGCAUAUUCCAGUUUCUAUUAUAUUUGUUUCCACAGUUUUAUCAAUUAAUAUUGGAAAAGCUAGCGUUCUUGUCAGCGUAACUAUAGCAUUAUUUCCAGCACUUGAUCCAUUUCCUGUUAUUUUGAUCGUCAAACAUUAUCGAUUUGCGAUGAUGAGUGCAUUCACAACUCCAGUUUUUCAAUUUGUUCGAAAUAGACUUGAUAAUCCUGUUAACUGA